CACUCCCAUGUCACCACUAUCGCGACAUCCCUCUGGUGCCGUCCCCGUCGCGACCCUGCCCCGUUGGGUGCCCCCCGCAGAUGCCGCGAGCGUUCCCGGCCUCGAGGGGCUCCUGGCGCCGUAUUCCCGCCUCCCGCCGCAGCCGCUCCUGCCCCUGGAGCACAACGGGCUGAGCCCGGAGCUCUUCCGGCCGGGAAUGACCCCCCCCCAGCUGCCCCCGGAACACCUGCACCCCUACGACUCGGAGGGAGUUUUCCAUGACCUGGACAGCGACAGCCUGGGCCCCCUGGGCGACUGCCUCCUGUCCGGGGCCGAUCCCAGCCUGCUCCAGGCCCGGCUCGGGAAUCCCAUCGACCGCCUGUAUUCCAUGCAGAGCUCCUACUUCACCUCCUGACCCCGGAAAAGCCCUUCCCAGGAACCUCGGGAAUGCCGCUCCCGCCUCCGAGCCGGGCCAGGGGACGGGGCAGGACUGAGACAC